AAGAGUAUUUCUCAAUGAAAUGGACUUUGACCGUGGCCGUGGGAGCUCGAGCAUCUCCGCUUCUUCGGCUGCAGCGGAUUUCAGUCACAGCAACGCGAACAUGUCGGGACAUACCUGUGUGUCCCCGCGCGUAUAUACACGUAGUUGACUGGCCAAAUGUGCCAGUCAACUUCAACCACGAGCUAAACUGGACCGAAUUAAGCCAAAGCCACAGGAGACGGUUACUUAAUGGACAGAGAAUUAAGUGACUGCUGAGAUUGUCCCUGCCGCAAUAUAUGGAAUGGAUUGCUCGAUGGACGAGUAUUACCACAGUGGUCAAUGCCACAAAUGCCCACAAUGUCCACCUGGCCAAGAGCUGAAAGAGGACUGUGGUUAUGGUGUAGGUGUGUCAGCAGUGUGUGGCGUAUGUGACGUUCGGUGGUUUAAGGAAGACUGGGGCUCUCACCCUUGCGCACUGUGCCAGAACUGCCGCAGACUCAAUAGACACCAAAUCAAGCGCUGCACACACACAGACAAUGCAGUAUGCGGAAACUGCCUCCCUGGUUUCUACAGCAAAAUGCGACUGGAUGGCCUAGAAGAUUUGGAAUGCCUUCCAUGUGGCCCCGCCCCCUUCAGAAACAUACAGUGUAGCCAAGGAGAAGCGACUGGUGCGGCAAACGUCCAGACCUCAGCACCUCCCAUCCAAAAUGUAUCAUCCAUAGUGACCGCUUGUGCAGCAACAGCUAUAUUAACAACCGUCCUAUUUGCCAUUGUGUGUGUCACCUACCAGACACGGGCUUCACUCAGGAAAACAUGCCAAUGUUGUUUAUCACCGGUCAGUAACAGUCACCAAGACAGUGACGCAGCUUCGGUUCCCAUAACAACCCUACACACAGUGAUGCAGGAUGCAGAAGUGGACACAUCAAAUCCUUGCCCGCUAUUGAAGGACCCUUGCACGCUUAAUGACAUCACCACAACGAUGACCUCUGAUCUUGGCCUGAAUGGGUGUGAGGUUCUUCCUCUGGUGCGAAGCUCGGCCUGCACUGAUCCUGCAACAGGAGUCAUCAUGCAGGCAACAGAAACACCUGAAGUUUCUUCUUCAGACUCUGCCCUUUCCAGACAGCAUGUCAUUCUCACUCUGGUAGGAGGACAGUCUACAGUGAGGCCCUGCUGUGCCGUAGAGCAGCGGACAGUCUGGGGGCUUCAUGCUCCGGUAGAGUGCACUGAACUGGACCUUCAGCAUCUCUCCCAACGCCCCAGAGCUCCAGACAUUCAGACCUUCAUAACCAGAAAUAUCCCAGAGUGCCCCCAUUCCUGAUUAGGGUUUGGUACCGAAACCCAGUGCCGUACCUAUGUAACCGGUAUGUACUAGAACAGAAUCAGAACGCAGAUUUC